AUGGCCACCCCAUUUGCAUCCUCCUCAAUCUCAUCUUCCCUGCACAUUGCAACCUUCAUCUCUCCUUCUUCUUCUUCUUCUCUGCACUCAUACCUCCCUCUCAGAACAACCACUAUUCCAUCUCUCUCAUCUACUUCCUUCAUCACAACCCCACCCAAAAGAUUCAUCCUUUUUCACAACCCACUCCGACCCCUUCUUCUUGUUCCUCCUCCUGCCGCCGCCGAAGAUGUUAUCUCCACGGCGGAAAGCACAGUGGAUGCUGUGGAGCAAUUGUACCCAACCACCGAUAAAGGGGUCGCCACUGUCGUUUCCGCUCUUUUCUUUUUGGCUUUCCUUGGCCUAUCCGCUAUUACUAUUGGGGUAAUUUAUUUAGCAGUGGUGGAUUUCCUGCAGAAGAGAGAGAAGGAGAAGUUUGAGAAAGAAGAAGCCAGUAAAAAGGGGAAGAAGAAGAAGAAGAAUAAGAGGGUGGUGGGAAGAGCCAGAGCAGGAGGACCAAGAGGAUUUGGGCAAAAGUUUGUUGAAGAGGAAGAAGAGAAGGAUGAUUAG